GUCACCUGAGGGAAGCCCCAGGACCCCCAAAUCACCCUGUCCCAUAGAAGCUUGUACCAGGGAAAGAAGCACAUUUCAAACUUUUGGGGAAGAAGUGUGUCCCAUAGAUCAUUCGAUGUGCCCUGCCCCCAGCUCUGUUCACCGAGAGCCCAUCUGCUGUGAGUGCCAGGCCAAAUUUGGGGGUCGCCUGCCGGUGCGCAGGGCUGAGGCAGUGCUGCCUUACUGGGUCCCUCUGUCCUUGACCCUGAAAGCAGUACCACACAGAUGCCCCACUGCAGAGGUGCAGGUGGUGGGUCGUGAGGGUGCCGGCCACUCCUGGGAAUAUCAUGGAAUCCAAAAGAUGGUCCGGUUUUAUGUCCCCAAAACCACCAAGGCGUGCCCCUGCCCAUGCCACCACUUUGGGGGCCGCCUCCCAAUGCCUAGGGAUCAGGCCAUGAUGCCCUACUGGGUGCCCCAGGUCCUGAGGUCUCACAAGAAGGUGGUGAAAAGGCUGCAGAGUUUUAAAGGCAUCCCAGAAGUCCCCCUGGACGUGCGCUCUGGGUACAACCGCUGGCGAAUCUGUGACGGCGAAGGGCGCUGUCUCCUCAAGUGGCAGCAGCUCCAGGUCCUUCACCAGGCUGAGCCGGUGGCCCCGGGGCAGCCAGCAAGCCUCCCGGCCUCCCUCCUGCCCCUCAGCCUCAGCCUCAGCCUCCUGACCCUCCUCCAGGCCCUACUGAGUGUCAUCGUGGCCAUCCUGUGA